UUGCGAAGGGAAGGGAGAUAUUUCAUUACGUCAAUUUCCGGGUGAAACUGAUUGUUUUGACUUUAACGAGAAGUAAAACAGUGAAAUCCAAGUUGUAUUGAAACGGAGCAAGUAAGAAGAACGGUUAAUGUUUCUUGGUUAAACACUUUGUAAUUCUUCUAAAAUAUAUUAGUUGCCAAAAACGCUGGCUCACUGACGACGCUUCUUUAAGUUUCGGUUUCCUUUCUCGCGGAAAGAAACUAGCAACAGCGCAAAGUAAGCGGACUUGGUCUGUUUUUGUCUUUUGCGGUGUGUACACAACAUGACAGCUAAUUUCAUGACUAGGUACGCCAUCGAAGUACUGUGUGAAAAUCAUGGCUCACUGGAGUAUUGUGAACUCCUUCGACAAGUUAAGCAGUAUUUUGGGGUAACAGAUGACCAAGGGUUUGAACUACUAGAGGACAGUCGACUUCUGGUUACUUAUGGGAAAGUGGAUUCUACCAAUUCUGGUCCUCCAUCCGCGGACAAUAAAAAAGUUGUAGCCGUCACUUCUGUCCGUGUUUGUAGUCCGUUUUGUUCUAAGGAUGGUUGCAGCGAUACAGUUUGUCCUAAUUUACAUAUGUGCCGCUAUUUCGUUCGUGGGAAUUGUAGGUUUAAUGCACGAAGAUGCAGGUAUUCUCAUGAUUUCCACUCCAUGCAUAAUGCCAGGAUUUUAUGUGACGGUGACCUUUUAGACCUGGAUGACAGUCUUCUACGAGUGCUGCUACUUCAGAAUGACCCAUCAUUAUUGCCAGGGGCGUGUCAUUUUUACAACAAAAGCAAUGGAAAUGAUGAAGCUUGUACUUUUGAAAAAUGUCAAAGACUGCACAUCUGUCAGCAGUUUCUAUAUGGAAACUGUAGAUAUGGUGAUAAGUGUAAGAGGUCUCAUGAUUUUGAAAACAGCGCACGUAUCAAGUUGGAGGACCAGCGAUUUGAACACAGCUUAAUACCUAAUCUGCUGUCAUUGUAUCAUAACAGUUAUGUGAUUAAUAACCCCAACCAUGCUAAGCCUAAAGAUCCAGCACCUAGUAAGCGUCGGACCUUUGUAAACACCAAGAGGAAUACUGGCAAUGAAGAAAUCGGUUUGAACUGUAAUGAACCAACAACCUGUGUUCGUCAGGUACCUGAAAACCCCAAGAGAAAUGCAGACAGUGAAGAAAUCUGUUUGAGCUUUGUUGCUAAAAAUUGUCGUUAUAAAGCAAAGUGCUUCAAGCAUCAUUAUUCCCUACCAUAUAGAUGGCAGUUUUUUAAUGGCAGCAAAUGGGAAGAUCUUUCUAAUAUGGAGCAGAUUGAAAAUGCUUAUUGUGAGCCUAACAAUUCUAAAAGUGCUGGAGUGCAGUGUAUUGAUUUUCAGAUGAUGAUCUGUGAUUCUAAUCAAGUUAGGCGUUUAUCUACUCCAUCCUCUGUCACUAAACCUCCACAUGUCACUUUAACAACAGUUUGGAUCUGGUACUGGAAAGAUGAAUAUAAUAUCUGGGUUGAAUAUGGCAAUCAGGGUGAAAAUGACUAUGCCUCAACUGUCACCAGUAGUGACCUAGAGAAGGCUUAUCAGGAAAACAGUGAUGGUGUGAUAUCAUUUCUAGCUGGAAGAUAUGAGUAUGAACUUCACUUCAAAGACAUGAUACAAGAGAAUAAAUCACUCAAAACUCAGAGAGAAGUACGACGUAGACCAAAAUUUGUCUCUGCACAAGACUUGGAAGAUAUAAGAAAAAGAGGAUCCACUCAGAUGAAGAAUGUGCCUUCCAACUGGGACAAAUCGGCACUGCCAGAAGUUGGAUACAAGCUUGUUCCAUUGUCUGAGUCAUCAGCAGAAUAUAAUGAAAUAAAGACAUUAUUCCACAACAGUAUGGAUUCCAGCACCAUCCAGAAGAUAGAAAGGAUUCAGAAUGUGUCCCUUUGGGAAGUUUUCCAGUGGCAAAAAGAGCAGAUGAAGAAAAAUAAUGGAAGGGAUGUUGAUGAGAGGCUGCUGUUUCAUGGCACGGAUGACUCAAUUGUAGGUGCCAUAUGCCAUCAAAACUUUGAUUGGAGAAUUUGUGGAGCCAAUGGAACGGCUUAUGGGAAAGGUAAUAAUAUGCAGUAA